UAAACAAAACAAGAGAUUCGAAUGAUUUUGUCGAAUCUCUAAAAAUUGAUACUCUAGCUCGAAUCUGUAGUAAGAUCUAAGUCCGAUAUUGGGGUCCGCUCCGGGUCAUCACCGUGAAGGGUUUAUCUCCACCUCCGCAAGGAAGCUGUAAACCCUAACCCUAACUCUCCUUCAUCCAGCAAUGGCAAGCUCAAUUUUAUCAGACAUGUCUUCAUUCGGCGGCGCAAAGCCGGUCCUUAUCCUGGACUUCGGUUCUCAAUACACACACCUCAUAACCCGCCGGAUUCGCCAACUUUCCAUCUUUACGGUCUGCAUCACAGGCACCUCUCCUAUCCACGCGAUUGCUGCUUUGAAUCCCUGCGUCGUUAUUCUUUCCGGCGGGCCCAAUUCCGUCCACUGCGAUGACGCUCCAUCGUUCCCCGACGGUUUUCUGCAAUACGCCGAGGAAAACGGUGUACCCGUGCUUGGGAUAUGUUAUGGGAUGCAGCUUCUCGUUCAGAAGCUCGGAGGAAAGGUUGCCAAUGGAGAGAAGCACGAGUAUGGCAAGAUGGUGAUUACUGUGGUCAAGGAGGAAAGCGAAUUUUUUGGUCCAGAUGUUGCCGGUGAGAAUCAGAUAGUGUGGAUGAGCCAUGGGGAUGAGGCGCUGAGGUUGCCAGAAGGCUUCAAAAUUGUAGCCCGAAGUCUGCAGGGAUCCGUGGCUGCAAUUGAGAAUCCGUCGAAGAAGUUCUAUGGGCUACAGUUCCAUCCUGAGGUCACCCAUUCCCCCAAGGGAAUGGAAUUUUUGCGGCAUUUUUUAAUCGAUGUCUGUGGUGUACCUACUGACUGGAAUAUGGAGGAUGUCCUCGAAGAACAAGUCAAACAUGUGAGAAGUAUGGUAGGACCUGAUGAACAUGUAAUCUGUGGUUUAUCAGGCGGAGUAGAUUCAACUGUUGCUGCCGUGCUUGUUCACAAAGCCAUUGGUGACAGACUUCAUUGUCUUUUUGUUGACAAUGGUCUAUUAAGGUAUAAGGAGAGAGAGCGGGUUAUGUCCAGUUUUCAAAAUGAGCUGCAUUUGCCAGUUACUUGCAUCGAUGCAUCGGAAAAUUUUCUCGGUAGACUUAAAGGUGUAAAAGAUCCAGAAAGGAAAAGAAAAAUCAUUGGAGAAGAGUUCAUACGUGUUUUUGAAGAUUUUGCUCCAAAGGUUGGAAAGGAAGUGGGAAGAAGUCCUUCUUUCUUGGUUCAAGGAACUCUUUAUCCGGAUGUGAUUGAGUCAUGCCCACCCCCUGGAAGUGGAAGGAAUCACUCCCACACAAUUAAGAGCCAUCAUAACGUUGGGGGACUUCCAGAGAGAAUGAAUUUGAAGCUGAUUGAACCUCUUAAGCUCCUUUUCAAAGAUGAGGUUCGACGAUUAGGAAAAUUCUUGAAUAUUCCUGAUUCUUUCUUAAAGAGACAUCCUUUCCCAGGACCUGGACUUGCUGUUCGGAUAUUGGGUGAUGUUACAGAAGGAAAUGCCUUGAACAUUUUGCGUGAGGUGGAUGAGAUAUUCAUUCAAGCAAUUAAAGAUGCUGGCCUUUAUGAUAUAAUAUGGCAAGCUUUUGCAGUCUUUUUACCUGUGCGGACAGUUGGGGUACAAGGUGACCAAAGAACGCAUGCCAAUGCUGUUGUUCUAAGAGCAAUUACGAGUGAGGAUGGAAUGACUGCAGACUGGUAUUAUUUUGAUCACAAGUUUCUCAUCGAUGUGGUGAGUAAGAUAUGUAACCAGGUUCGUGGAGUGAACCGAGUUUGCCAAGAUAUAACAUCUAAGCCGCCUGCUACGGUCGAGUGGGAAUAAACUUCGAUGUGGCAACGAAAUUGAUAACUUUAUAAUUAUUUUAGAAAUCUAACUAAAAGGAUAUUUAUCAGCGAGUGCUGGACGAACUAGUCUAGAAAUGCAUUUUCCGCAGGUCACCAUUCCACAUUGGGUUGAUCAAGUGUCCAGCCAUUGCAAGGGUGGGAGGAAUGCUAUGGGUGACAUAAAAAAACAGGUAUUUUUGGCUUUAUGUUACAUGGAUAGUACACCAUAUAUAUAAUUUUUUUUUUAUGUUUUGAAUUUGUUUACAGAUUCCUGAAAGUAUUUUGCUAGUUUCUAUUUUUUGUUUUUUUGGUGUAUUGAAGUUUAUUUAGGUUAUAUUAUUUGGGUUAAGGAGAUUUGUUUACAAUAA